AUGAGAUCAAUUACGGUUAAUUCACAAAGUUCAGAAUCUCUGGCCAGUGAUGAAGGCGAACACAGUCUGCUGCAAAAGGAUCAAGAACAAAGGGAAAAUGUACAGCCACAAGAUUCAUCAUUGAUGUUAUUCCAUAAUUAUCUCAAACAACAACAACAAAAACGUCGACGUCCGUUAUUAGGACGAUCAUUAGAAACUGCGGAUGAUAACAAUUCACAUGAAAGACGAAAUAAACGACCACUGAUGGGCAGAGACAUACAUAAUACAUUUAAAAAUUCAAAGCGUACAAGACCUCUAAUGGGUUAA